AAGUCAUCCACGCCAUUCAGGCCAGCUUGCCCUCCGGUUUCUCCAUUUCGUUCCCUUCGACACUCAAAAGUCGCUCCCCUUCUUUUUCGACACACCAAACCAAAGACCCUCCACAGCUUACGGCCCUGCCACGACAACUCUUCUCCCAAGAGCGCCAACGGUCUACCUUUGUCAAUCCUUUCCUCUGCCUCUCUGUCUUUCUCCUUCGUCGCAAACCCUCCCACCCCCAAUUACCUUUGCCGAAACGUCAAGGUCAAGGCCAGCCCUCGGAUCUCAACUGCGGUCAACCCUCUUUUUUCGCCUCACGGUUCAGACCCUCGUCUCUCCACCAGAAAACUCCGUCAAUUUCGACGACCACAACGACGACUCGAAAGAAAUAAAGUCGCCAGAUCGAACAGCUGGUCUGUCUGUACCUUCUUGUGCAACAGCCACGUCUACCUCUCCCACGACCUCACUCCCUCCGUCGAUCUCCCGCUUCCCACGAUGGCUCAACAGAGAGGCCCUUCCUACGGCUUGGGUGCCGGUGGCCCCUCCGCCUCUUUCGGCGGUCCCAGUGGUGACAGCUCCGAGUCCAGCCCCUUGGAUAUGAUCCGUCAACAGACGAGCAAGAUUGAGGACAUGUUGGACACUCUCAGCGAGCCAAUCAAGCCUUACCUGCCCGCCAUUGGUCGCUUCCUGAUCGUUGUUACCUUCCUCGAAGAUGCUCUUAGAAUCAUUACGCAAUGGAGCGACCAGCUCCUGUACCUUCACGAUUACCGCCACAUUCCCUCGGGCAUCACCCACCUGUUCCUCAUCGUUAACGUUCUCGCCAUGGUCGCAUGCUCCACUCUCGUCAUUAUCCGCAAGUACUCCGACUACGCGGUCGCCGGCCUUAUGGGCGUCGUCGUCACGCAGGCUCUAGGAUACGGCCUGAUCUUCGACCUCAACUUCUUCCUUCGCAACCUCUCAGUCAUUGGUGGUCUUCUCAUGGUCCUCUCCGAUUCGUGGGUUCGCAAGACCAAGGCGUUUGCUGGCUUGCCCCAGCUUGACGAGAAGGACCGCAAGAUGUACUUCCAGCUUGCUGGCCGUGUCCUGCUCAUCUUCCUUUUCGUCGGCUUCGUCUUCAGCGGCUCCUGGUCCGUCUGGCGCAUCAUCACCUCCCUGGUUGGCUUCGUUGCCUGCGUCAUGGUUGUUGUCGGUUUCAAGGCCAAGUUCAGCGCCACUCUUCUGGUCCUGAUUCUCAGCAUUUUCAACAUCCUUGUGAACAACUUCUGGACUCUCCACGAGCACCACCCCCACAAGGAUUUCGCCAAGUACGAUUUCUUCCAGAUCCUCUCUAUUGUCGGCGGUCUUCUCCUGCUCGUCAACGCCGGACCUGGACAGUUCUCCAUCGACGAGAAGAAGAAGGUUUACUAGGAGAAGAACUCCUGAGGAGGAAAAACACAAAAGCCCCGUUUCGGAAGGGCUGAUCUCAUACCUUUGGGGAAAAGAAAGACAAAAGACGAUCAAUAUCAUCUAGUCGCUUUCUUGGCAUUACGAACGGCAUUCAAAAGGCUUGCAACCUUGUUCCCGCACUGCAGUUGCAUUUUUUUGGGCGUUGGGUCAACGGGAUCCCAUCGCCGCAUAUAUGAUGGGUAGACACAGAAAGGAUUCAAUAGUGGGAAAAGGACAGUUUAAGCAGCGCGCUUAGGAAAUGGAGAAGAUAUAUUCAAGUUCAUACAAGUCUCUGCAUCCGCUUUC